AUGAGAGAUCUCGGUCAUUGUCACCUGUUGCUACUGGUAGUCGUAGCUUUCCUGGACACUGCACUCCUCUCGACAGCUGACAAUGUCGCGAUUCCAGUAGUAAUUUCUGCCCAAAUUCAAGAGGAUUACGACGCUGAUCCUGCUUACCCUAAUGCCCAACACGUUGGCCACAAUGAUCAUCAUGGCCACGACCAUGAUCAUGACCAUGAUGAUGAUCACAAUAACGAUCGCAUUAUUGCAGAGCACAAGGCUGGUAGGUUCUCGCUAAUUGUAUGGGGUCAGGCACUUUUUGCCACGGCACUAGUAGGUAUCGCACCUGUUCUGGUGCUACUUGUGGUGCCGUUAGGCAUCGGUAGUCAAGAGAAGCAGCAGCCGCGGCUGCGCGUUUUCCUAAGCUUCGCAGCCGGUGGGUUGCUAGGUGACGCAUUUCUUCAUUUGCUUCCGCACUCAAUUCCUGAUCAUUUAAGUCGUCAUAGCCAUGAUCAUGCACACAAACAUGAAGACCAUGGUCAUUCGCACUCUAUGGUGGAUCUGUAUGUGUGGCUUUGGACAAUUAUGGGUCUUCUAGGCUUUCUCAUGCUCGAGAAGUUUGUGCGAGCACAGACUGGAGGUGGUCAUGGACACUCUCAUGGAGACAUAUAUACUUCCGUAUCGGUACAGGAUGGCAGUGUGGUAUCGAGCAAGGCCCCAACUGCGAGAAAGCGCACUGCGUUCAAGGAUUGCAAAGACGAUAAGGAAGCGCCUCAAGACGAGCUAGUGUGCUUAACAGAGCUAGGGAAAAAGCAGCCUAUUGCGGCCGCAGGUUAUUUGAACUUGGCGGCAGAUUUCUCGCACAACUUCACGGACGGCUUGGCAAUUGGUGCCACAUUCGUUCGUGGUACGGGCUGGACCACAACGGUGGCGAUGCUUUUGCAUGAACUGCCGCACGAGAUUGGUGACUUUGCUAUCCUCAUCCAGUCAGGUUUCACACGUCGCGAGGCUAUGGCUACGCAGCUGCUGACUGCCAUUGGAGCUAUGAUCGGCACUGUUAUUGGUUUGUUGAUGGAAGGUGCUGGGGACUCGACGUCUGUGUGGAUCUCGCCAUUUACGGCAGGAGGCUUCAUUUAUAUCGCAUGUACCAGCGUCAUGCCGGAACUAUUGGAAGACUGUUCACUUGCUCAGUCGCUGAAAGAGGCAGCAGCCAUGUGUGCAGGUAUUGGACUGAUGGCUCUCAUUUCACUCACCGAAUAG